UCUCUGUCUCUCUACAAUCAGACCGCAGGGAGCUGUGGGAAGAGUGGAUCUGAGUGGAUUAAAAAUAGCUGCCUGCAAGACCUUCCAGUGGCCGAUGUAACCAGAUACACAGCAGCCCCCUCAGCCCUCUGUAGCAGAGGCGGAACAAGUUUGCAACAGCUCAGCCAUGUCUUCAGGCCUCUGCUCCGUGGACUUUGAGAUCCACGGCCAUGUUCAAGGUGUUUGUUUCCGAAUGUACACAGAGAAGGAGGGCCUCAGUCUGGGCUGUGUAGGCUGGGUAAAGAACACCAAUAAGGGGACCGUAGUGGGCCAGGUGCAGGGGCCCAAGGAGCAGGUCAAAGAGAUGAAGGUGUGGCUGAGUAAGGAGGGGAGCCCCAGUAGUCGCAUCAUGCGUGCGGUCUUCACCAACGAGAGGGACAUCCCUCAGCUGGAGCUGUCUGGCUUUGGCACGCGCUUCUGAGAGACAACGGUCAUUGCGAUUUUAUUCAAUCACCAGAUACACUUAAUUACAUUGAUGUGUAUAGUCUUUAAAUGAAUCUGAUUAACACCUCCCUCCCUCUUUAAACCAAUUGUCUCUCUUGAAAUAUGUACUAAUGACUGUCUGGUUCACUUUGUAGAUCAUUUUUAAAAAACACUCUUCUGAGAGAUAUGAUGUAAUUAAAUGCUCAAAGCUCCACUCAUUAGCUUUGAUGCCUCUACUAAAAUGUGUCACUAAAGAUGUUUAAAUGAUUUAUUUAUUUUUAAAAUUACAAUUCUACAAUUAUAC